CCACGCAGGUCCAUGGAAGAGGAUAGAAAUCACACUUCUGCAGCCAUGUUUGUUCUCCUGGGACUCUCAGAUGAAAAAAAGGUGCAGCUUAUCCUCUUUCCUAUCUUCCUAGGGAUCUAUCUUCUCACCCUAGUCUGGAACCUGGGUCUCAUCAUUCUAAUCAGGAUGGACUCCCACCUGCACACACCUAUGUACUUUUUUCUCAGUUUCCUAUCAUUUCUAGACAUCUGCUAUUCUUCUUCCACCAACCCAAGGAUGUUUUCAGACUUCUUAAAAGAUGAGAAAACAGUUUCAUUCAUUGCCUGUGCUACCCAGUAUUUUCUUGCAUCCUGGAUGGCUCAAACUGAGUGCUGUCUUUUGGCCGCCAUGGCCUAUGACAGAUAUGUUGCUAUUGGUAGGCCUCUGCAGUACUCAGCCAUCAUGGCCCCUGGUCUUUGUCAGAAGAUGGUUGUUGGGGCUUAUGCGAGUGGUUUCCUUGGCAGCUUAGUUCAAACAGUUUCUUGCUUUCAUCUCUACUAUUGUGGGCCCAAUAUCAUUCCAAAUUUCUACUGUGACAUAACCCAGAUUAUUUCCUUGUCUUGCUCCAAUCCUUUCAUCAGCCAAAUGAUUCUUUUACUGGAAGCCAGUUUUAUUGGAUUCAGUUCUUUCCUUGUUAUCUUCUUAUCCUAUGGUUUUAUUGCAGCUUCCAUGCUCAAAAUGUCCUCUAUCAAAGGUAGUGCCAAGGCCUUCAAUACCUGUGCCUCCCACCUGGCAGUUGUGACAAUCUUCUAUGGCACAGGCUUUUCUGUGUACCUGCCUUCUAGCUCUAACCACUCCAAAAAGCAGAACAAGGUGCUGUCAGUGUUCUACGUUAUCCUCAUCCCCAUGUUAAACCCUCUUAUCUAUAGUCUGAGGAACAAGGAGAUCAAAGAGGCCCUCAAGAGGGUGGUAAAUAUGGCAACACAUUUAUUUCAGUAA